GAUACUUUUUUUGCCACGCACUCGUUUUGCUGGACAAGACUUCAAGAGGCUGCGCGACGAGCAAGAUUGUGAAUGCGGAUACACGGGAGUCUUUUCCUCGGAUCCACACAUUUCGCAGAGCCGCAAUGCUUCGCUGCCUGGUCGACCUGGCCGUGUGGCUGCUGCUGCUGAUGCUUUUGGCUCUGGUGUCCGUCAGUCGAGGUCAAGAUGAUGUGCGCAGUUAUCCAUUCGAUAGUCCAAACAGCAUGGGAGUAAGCAGCGGUGCUGGCGACGACGCCGACACCGGUCGGUCUACAACUACCGGUAAGAAUGCAGCCGACAUGGCCUACACAACGACGAGCGGCAAGGCAAUAAAGGUGUUCGAUGCCGUCGCCGACGCCAAUCGCUUGGAGCUGUUUCGCAUGGCUGCCGAGCCGCAGAUAUCGGAAUCGUGGCAAUUUCUACAUGAAGAUCGACAGGCAGGUGGUGAGGUGCAACAGGGAAAGGCGUCCGGGAAUAUGCCCUGGUCGUCACGAGUGGAUGCCAGCUGGUUUGCCAAGACUGUUAUUGGCAGGUCACUGACCGGCCUGGUAUCUGGCAAUUGGCAGCGACCGCUCCUGCCGUACGACAUCCGUAUGCUAGCGCUGCGUCGCGGUGACGACACGUUAGUGAACGACGGUGUGUCGAACGAGCUGGGUGAAGUGUGGAGUGUGCUGCAUGCCACGUACGGCAAGUGGAAGGCGGACUACUACGGCGAGUCCAUAUUCUACGAUGAGAACGAGGAGAUUGUGGCAGCGUGUCAGCCGAAGUUCCGUCGCCUGGUGGCGUGGGACGCCUCGAUACCCUACCUGCUCCGUCCGCCGUCGAUGACCUAUGCCACCGCGCAGUAUCUGGUCUUGAUCCGCUGGACAACCAACGCGUCUCUCGUCGAAGAAGCGGAACGAGAGCGCGCAGCUUAUCAGGAGGAGACGCGCAACGGUCGAGAGAGCGGCCUCUUGACGAGCGGCGAUCGUAGCGUGCCGGACAGCCUGGACGUACGGCAGUACGAAACGCAGCACGUCGUGACGCGCACCACCAGCAAGAACGUGUUUGUGUUCGACGACCUGCUGAACCAGAGCGAUGUCGACGCGCUGCGUGUGUACGCGAAGCGCUACGGCGGGUUUGCGUUCAAUGAUUACAGCGUCGGCGACGAAGGCAGCGACAACGUGCAGUGGAUCGGAAGCUUUGACAUCGGCAAGUUCAUCCAGAGCAAGUACUGGAAGAUAAUACAGAGGGUGGUGGAGUACACGAGCGGUGGCAUUGACACCUGGUAUCCGUACGAUAUCGCCUGCAACGUCGUGCGCAGUACUGAUCACACUCGUAUCCAUAGCGAUGUGCGCAACAAUCGCGACGACGAGUGGACACUGCUAAUCUACCUUAGUCCGGAGUGGAACAUGACGUCUUACGGUGAGACGGCCUGGUUCACUGGGCACGAGGGCGACGACAUGACGAACGACGUGGACAUCGAGACCGAGGUGCAGCCACUGUACGGACGAGUGGCCAUAUUUGAAGGCCAGAUCCCGCACGCCGCCCGGCCACCCAGCUCAACGUACCGCGGUCCACGGUACUCGUUUGCCGUCAAGAUGGCCGCCACCCAGUGGCUUUCGUCUCGCAACCGCAUGUUUGAAAGCUUCCACGAGAAAAUGGACCUGCUGUCGUCGUUCGCUACAAUGGUCAAGAACUACAAGCAAGUCAUGAAACUGGACGCGGACGACAGCUUCAAUGGCAGGUUUGCGAAGAAAUACUGGAAAGCCUACAUGGCAGGUGAUGAUGGUUACCGAAACGAGCUCCUGGAACAAGCAUUUCAAACUACCCGCGGCAAUGGCGAAAAGUUGAACUCUUUGCUGAACUACCUAGUCGGCUUAUUCUAUUCCAGACUCAGGCAGUUCAUCGACGAAAUCAAGCAAACCGUAUAGUAAGGCAGGAAAUCGAAAGCGUCCUUUGCGGUUGUUAUCAGGCACGGAGCACGGUGGCCAUCCUGUGCCUCUCGAGUGUGUGCUGUCCAACAUGGAUUUGUGUGCGCCGCCCGUGCCAAUACGUACUGUACAACCUCCAGGCUUCAAGUCCCGGCCUUGCGUUCAACUUGUGUGGUGUCAGCCGCGGUGCCCCUGAGCGCCGGAAUGGUGCUCAGUUUUGGUUCCUGCUGCAUGACUGACUGUAGUCUCCUUGCAGAUCGCUUUGCAACGGUUCAUAGCUCUCAUGCCCAUCCCCGUCCUACCCACUUUGUCACAUGACUAUAGUAUUCUAUCAUAGAUAGAAAGUUCUAUUUGGCCGAAAGUUUUGAUCCUAAUAUUUUUAUGUUGAGCAACCGUGACCUUAUUCAGGCUAUCUAUAUUUUUUUGGAAAAGAUCAAAAUUUCUCUAUACAUGUAUCUGGCACUAGCUGGUACCGGUUUCAAAGCAGCUGAAUGCCAUUAUGCUGCAAGUGUGUGACCAUUGUACUGUUCUGGAUAUCUGCUUCCAUUUUGAGCUUAUAAAUCUGACGAUUUUAUCAAAGUAUCGUGAUGCCGGGCAAAAAUAUAGUAUUUUUGUUAUUGAAGCCGGUGACGUCCUCCCUUCUUAUCAUGCGGUGGUUUGUUGAUGCUUGCAGACACUAUUUUAGUAUGCUGCUCGUGGUGCUGGGCUGCGAUGUGCUCCAAGGCAUAGUUUAUCAUGGUGAGGUGGUAUGUUCCUGGA